AUGGGCGACCACAAGCACAAGAAAAAGUCCAAGAAGGAACACAAGAAACACAAAAAGUCCAGAAACCACGAUCACGAUGACUCACCCAUCGACUACAACGAUCCCUCAUUGUGGGUCGAAGCAGGCGCAUCAGAACCAGCAGCAGCCACAUCGCCACCAAAGCAACAACAACAACCACCUACGUCUACUGUUCAACGUGAAGCGUGGAUGGUCAAUGACGGCUUUGACUUUGGAUCACUUGGAACGGCACGCGAGAAACCAGAUGAGAAACCCAAGAUCGACCCUGAUCAGCCAUACAUCAGCGAACGAGAGCUGAAUCCUCACUUGAGAUCUGGGAUGGCGGUUGAUCAAAUCCCUGCUGAGAAGCCAAAGAUACAAUUCGGUGAUGCUGGAUCCAAAUGGCGUAUGAUGAAGUUGAAGCGUGUUAUCGAGCAAGCUGAGGAUGAAAAACGCUCCGUGCAAGAUGUGGGAUUGGAACGUUAUGGGUCUAUGGAGAAGCUGAAUGAAGCAUUGGCUGAACGAGAAUACUUGGACAACAAGAGCAAACGAUCUAGACGUGAUCGUGGUGGUGGUGGUGAUAGCGACCGAGGACGACGUUUUGUAUACACGGACACUGAAAAGUCAUCGGCAUCAUUCCGACGACCAGAGGAUGUGGAUGAAUUUGGACGACAAGUGAAACGUAGAAAAACAACUCCACCACCACAACAACCACAACAACCUUCUCCUCAACCAUCAUCCGUUCCUUUAUCAUCUGUGGAUACGACUUCAUCAUCUAAGCCGGUGAUCAUCACUCAACAUGAGAUGCCCCAAGCUUUUACUCAUUCCGAACGGGUCAUGACACGUGAUGAGCUCAACAAAUUGAAUGCUGAUAUGUUGAAGGCGAAGCUUAUGGGCAAAGACAAUGCUGAGGAAUUGGAACAAGAGUACGAGCGUCAAGUGAAAUUAUUCGAAGCAGCAGAAAAUGGAAGUGCUGAGCAACAGGAUCAGAGUGGAAAAAUGGUCCAUAUUUUACCCACCGUCGAUAGCGAAGGACGCUUCUAUGACUAUGCUCUCAAGAAUGAUGGCACUAUCAGCUCUGAUCGCAAGGGCAAGAAUAAGGAACGCUUUAAAGGAACGCAUGAUCCAAAGACGGGUGAACGACUUCGUUAUGGUACCGUGGAUGAUAGUAUGACGCUCAUGGAUAUGGUGCGACAAGAAAAGGCAGGGAGCCGUGCAACAAGUAAUAUGGAUUUGGAGUUUGCAAACAAAAUCGUGACAGAUGCUACUUUUGAAAAUGACUUGGAUUACAUGGAUGAAAAAGCAGAGGUGAUGGGUGCAAGAAAAGGUCUCACAGAAGAGCAAAAAAUGCGACACGCUGUACGAGAUUACAAGCGGACACAAAGUGCUUUGGAAAAAUGUCGUUUCUGUUAUCAAGAUGGCAGACCCCCUCAGUGCGCUGUGAUCUCUCUUGGUUUGCAAACUUAUCUUGCUCUUCCCAAUGUUCAAGAACUCGUGCCUGGUCAUUGCAUGAUUGUGCCUGUGCAACAUGUCACUUCAACGCUCGAAUUAGACGAUGAUGCUUGGGAUGAAAUAAGGAACUUUCAAAAAUGCCUUAUACAGAUGUUUAAUGAACAAGGAUGUGGUGUCAUAUUUAUGGAAACCAGCAUGAAUAAGCAUCGACACCGCCACACCAUGAUUGAGGUCAUCCCUGUUCCCUAUGGCACUUAUGAGCAAGCCCCUGCCUAUUUCAAGGAAGCUAUGUUGGCUGUGGAUGAAGAAUGGUCUCAGCACAAAAAGAUCAUUGAUACCACUGAGCGAGGUAUUCGUAAAUCACUCGUCAAGGAUUUGCCUUACUUCCAUGUGUGGUGUGGUCUUGAGUCAAGUUAUGGACAUGUGAUCGAAGACGAAAAGGAAUUCCCCUAUUGGUUUGGCAAAGAAACGAUCGCGGGUAUGCUUGACAUUGGCCCCGAGCGGUGGAGAAAACCAAAGUACUACCAUUACAGCGAGAAUCGACCUCGGCAACAAGCGUUUUUGAAGGAUUGGGAGCAAUGGGAUUGGACAGCUUCUCUACCCACGUGA